AUGGCCCAGCGCCGGGAGCCGUCGGAGGGGGAGCUGAUGGCGCUCGGGUGGUACCAUGGCAAUCUCACCCGGCACGCAGCAGAAGCGCUGCUGCUCUCCAACGGGCAGGAUGGGAGCUACCUUCUGAGGAAGAGUAAUGAAAGGGAAGGUUUGUACUCCCUCUCUGUAAGGGGAAAAGAUUCUGUGAAACACUUCCAUGUUGAACAUACAGGAACUUCAUUCAAAUUUGGAUUUAAUGAGUUUUCUAGCUUGAAGGAAUUGGUCAUGCAUUUUGCAAACCAGCCUUUAAUUGGAAGUGAAACAGGAACUUUAAUUGUAUUGAAGCAUCCCUACCCAUGGCAAGUGGAAGAACCUUCCAUUUAUGAGUCUGUCCGAGUUCACACUGCAAUGCAGACAGGAAGGACAGAAAGUGACCUUGUCCCAAAUGCUCCCUCACUUGGUACCAAGGAAGGAUAUUUAAUAAAACAAGGCAAAAUAGUCAAGAGCUGGAAAACAAGGUGGUUUACACUGCAUAGAUAUGAACUUAAGUACUUCAAAGACCAGACAGCUACAGAACCUAUUCGAGCACUUGACUUGACUGAAUGCUCAGCUGUGCAAUUUGACUAUUCCCAGGAAAGAGUCAAUUGUUUCUGUUUAGUGUUCCCACUACGGACCUACUACCUGUGUGCAAAAACUGGGAUAGAAGCUGACGAGUGGAUUAAAAUCCUGCGGUGGAAACUGUCACAAAUCCGGAAGCAGCUGGAGGAGCACAACGCCACCCUCAGUUCCUAGCUGUGCACCAGAGCUUCUGCUCCAGUGGCAGGAAUUGCCUCUCUCCGAGGGGAAGGCACUGCUUACCAGAGGGCAGCCUCACGUCUCCAGUCUGUGCCCCCACACAUACGUCAUCCAGCUCUGCACACACGGGAUCCUGCAGCUCUGGGUGCUCUGGGGCUGCCGAGUCACACUUGGAGGCAGUUGCAGAACCAGAGUGUGGGUUUGAUAUGUGUGGUGUAUGCCUGUAAUGCACUUAAUUCAAACAGAAGUGGGCACUGUUCAAAACCUUUGUAGUUAUUCAGAGCACUCAAUAAUUUAUUGCAAGCUCCAUCACAACUAAGCAUCAGUAUCAUGUUCUGCAACCUUGAACGUUUUAUUUAAAACAGGUCCUUUCUGGAAACAUUAAAUACCUUUUUAUUUAACCUGUUUAGGCUUUAAACCAAAAGAAAAAUGUCAGAAUUGCAUUUUGUAAAUAGUAUCUCUAUUGCAAUCCAGAGAGUAGUAUUUAAAGGCCCUUCUCGAAGUGACAGAUGUAUGACACUUAGUUCUGGUCAAACAAAUUUUUAUAUGGUUUAGCCUUUAUACCACAGUGAUGGCUACAAGGGAAUGUCUGUUUCAAACAACAUCUGUAGGUAAUGGUGAGCAGCAUCACAUAAGCACACCUGUAUACAAACCAGGGUUAUGAGAAACAGUAGCUGCUUCCUGCCACUCAUAAGGCACGCAUUUAAGAGAGUUGUGGCUCACUAGAGAGACAAGAAGCGGAACCCCAUGAUGUUGGUGCUGUAACAUCUCAAAACAGAUGUUCCAUUUUGGAAGCAAAGUUUGAUACACUGGAGAGGCUCAAGACCAGCUUGACCCAGCUUCAAGAUCCCCUGAGCAAUCCUGUGCCUCCUCGAGGGCUGGGCAAAGAGUGAGGAACCCUUUUCUCCCUGCAUAACAAUCAAAUUUAUGCUGAAACAGCAUCUGCAAACCUCUCCUGCUGUGAAAUACUGCAGUCUGUAUUUGGCAUUGCUUAUGCAGAAUGUGUUUGAUAAUUGCCUUUACUGGGAGAAGAGUGCAGAAGAGGAAGGCAAAAGCACAUUGUAAGAAGAAAAAAAAAAUCUAGAUUUGGACAUAUAAAUAGCAUUUUAUUUCAACUUAGAA